AUGGAGCAAGGUUCUACCGCUCCUCCCGACGCUGUGCCUUCGUCGAAACAGCCUCCCCCCGAAAAGCCCGAAGCCGUGAGCCUGCGAACCCAGAUUGUACUGUCCUUUUGGGCUGUCAUCAUCUUUCUGGGACUUCCAGUAUGGUGGCAAACCACCUCGAUCUAUCGUGCGAGCCUGCCAUUGCAGGACAUGCUUAACUGGGCAGAGGGACUCAAUACACCCACAGCGACUCCGUUGCAUCUCUGGCUCUCUGCAGCGGAUCUCCCUUGCUCAGACGUCCAGAAACUGGUACAGGCUACCCAACAAGCCUUGGAUGACCUGAACGAAUACCCAACCCUCCACCAAAGACUUCACCUGGUUGAUCUGGGGCCAGAUGGGCUAGGAGCUGGCGGGAAGAAAGAAAAAAGGGGCGCGAGCUGUGGCGAGGAUCCUGCGUCCCUGAACCACGGAGCACCCGCAUUGCGAGUUUUGCUUGAGCCUACGCAAGAUGGCUUCGCUUUCGCUCUGAAUACUGUUACUGCGACCGCCCGUGCCCGUAUACCUCCUGGUGCUGGAGCAAAUGUUGCCAAACCUCUUGCAGAAACCCUCCAUGCACUUUUCAGAGAAGAACAAAUUGCUGCUGCGCUUCAGACAGUCUCUCUGUCCACCCACAGCCACAACGCACAGGCAUUUCUGAAAACUCAACCCCUCGAUGUCGUCGCCAAAGUCGAAAAGCAGAUCAAUCGAGCAUACAAAUCGUCUCCGCAAUUCCACCUCACCUUCUCUCUCCUCACAGCCAGCGGUGCUCCUGCAAGUUGGGAGAUUGACGAAGCACUCCGGGAUCACAUCGAGCCUCUUGUCCAAGCACUCUCAUCCAUUGCUGACUUCGAGAUCACGACCCAGGUGCAACUCUAUUCGACCCUGCCUCCCGCUAUACAGCCCAUUUAUCGAGAAGGACAUAACGGCUCUUUUCUCCAAAAGAAUGAUCUGACCGCCUUUGUGAAUUCCGCAGAGUGGCCUUUGGCGCCGUCGAUUGGGGAUGGACCUACGCUCAAUUUCAUCCUCUAUGUUCCGGCCAAGGAUCAGAUACCGUUGAAUAUCGAAGGCGUCGAUGAAAAUUCAUGGCUGAUUCCUCAGUGGGGUGGAAUACGGAUUCUCAAUCCACCUCUGCGCCCGCACCCUGUGCACGGAAACGUGAUACCUGCUCAUGUCACUCAAGAGCUGUUACGUCUACCGUUCGAGACGUUUGCUUCGCAAUUACUGUCGCUGCUAGGUGUCUUACAUCCGGAUGAUUCGGCUCAAUCUCGACCACUUCAGCUACGACUCGACGCCUACAAACGCCUGUCAGCUCUCUCUCUGUACCUCCAUGCUGCCUCAAGUCUGGGAUCAUUAGCUCGACUGGCUCAACACCUCAGCAACAUUCCGAUCCCGAGACACGUCGCUCAAUUAGUGGACGACUCGAUAGCUAACCUCAAAGCGUGUUGCGACUUCUCGCUCGAAGGUAGAUUUGAGCUGGCCCUCACUCAUGCAAAAACGGCGUUCAAAGACAGCGAAAAGGCCUUUUUCGACAAAUCCAUGGUCGGCCAGGUUUACUUUCCUGACGAGCACAAGAUCGCCGUACUCCUUCCACUGUUGGGUCCUGUCGGAGUUCCGCUGAUUGUGGGCCUCUUGAGGGAAGCCAAACAAUUCCUCUCGAAGCGGCGAGCAGCAAAAGUGUAG